AUGGGCAAGGUCGACUCGUCCCAGGGCAUCCUGGUGCAGAUGUUCAUCAUCUCGCCCUCCAUUUCUUGGAUCCUCAAGCCUGGACGCUUCUCCAAACGCCGAGGCUUCAUCUACGCCGUCGCCUUCCUCGUGGCCAUCGCCGCCGUCACCAUCGGUAUGGACUUAUACGCACAAGAGGAGAACUUCUACCACCUCGUGGGUGUGGGCCGUGAUGCCUCCUAUACCGACAUCAAGCGUGCCUUCCGUCAGCGCUCAGUGGAGCUUCAUCCGGAUAAAAACCCAUCGCCCACCGCCUCCGAAGAUUUUAACCGUCUCCGAUUGGCCUUUGACGUUCUUGGAGACGCCAAUAAACGUCCACUGUACGAUUUGUUCGGCGAAAGUGCGGUGGAUAAGGACCUGUGGUCAUUGCAGAUCGAGACGCUCGUGGGCUCCCUGACGUUCUACGCCAUCUGGGCUGUACUCACGUUCAUCCUGACGCUGAGUGAGAAGGCCAAGGAGGCGCGAGCGUGGUCGCUGGCUGCCGGUGUCUUGUGCUUCGUACUGGAGCUCAACUUUAUCUACGGCGGCGGACGCUUGCCUCCGUAUUUCUUCCCUACGAUGACAGUGUGCGACUUCGUGGAGAUCAUGCACUCGGUGUUCCCACCGUUCCUCAACGGAUGUCGUGCCAUUGGAGAAUAUUUCCACCACGACUUGGCCCGCGAGAACUUCGCACUGAGCGUGGAGUUGCUCAAGAGCAACCAAGCGAUUCUGCUGAACAUGCGUCAACUGCAAGGCGAGGUGGCGUCGUCCUCGCGUCGUCGUCCGGAGGUCGUCAAGAGCGACCCGAUCCCUGCUGCAGCCAGGAAGCGCUUGAAGAUGGAGAAACACAAUACUGUGUCGCAGGCUGGCGACUCGGCGACGGACGACAAGGCAGCGGCUGAAGAACUGCGUAACGUCGCAACUCCAGAGCCAGAAGUGCAGAAGAGUGGCAAUGGUCUCGGUAUUCCCCGAUGGGUCUGGGGUGUUGGCAUCUUCGUUGCGCUCAAUUACUUCUUCGAUUAGAGAACUCCCCCACAUUACAAGGAGGUUUGUGUGUCAGCAAAACAAGACACACUUUGGUAUA